CCUGGAGGGUGCCCUCCAGCUCUCCCCGUCUCGUCGAGCACUGGUAUCCACAAACCGCCAGCAGUUGAAUCUUCAGCAUCAGCUCGAAGCUAGAGCGGGCCGCUUGAGGCUAGAGGCGAGAGAGAGGGAGAGAGAGGGGAGUAUGGCGGACAAACGUCGAAGCGCGGAGUCGCCAGGAGGAGGAAGACGGGAGGAGAUGGUAGGGUGCUCACCGGCCUCGCUGAACUCACCCAUGUCCGGCGGCGGUGGCGGCAGCGGUGGUAGGGCAAGAAGCGGGGGCGCGUUCGAGUCGAACUACUCGCUGGACAAGUUUAUGGAGUCCCUUGGCACCUUUUCCCCAGACGGCCAGCCGUUGCACCUCGACAAACGGCAGAGUCUCGAGAGCAACAGCAGCAUGACCCCCUUCGGGGGAUCAACGGCUCGGCGCAGCAGCAAUGGCAGCCACGGCGGCGGCGCUACCGCUCCCGGGAGCUGCGCCCGCGCGACGCCGAACCUCCGCCUUCGCCGCAGCAGCGCUGGCGGUGACAGCAGCGUGAGCCGCAUGAGCAUCGGUUCCGGGAACGGCGCGUCAGAGGACGGCCGCAGCAACAACAGCGGCAGCAGCACCGCCGCCGUUUCGUCGACGACCGCGAGUUCCUUGUCGAACACCUCCUCGACGGGCCUGAAGACCCCUCGUUCGAGCGCCCGCCACGGCCACUUCACGCGGGUCCGUAGGAACUCCCCCGUGAAGCUGGACCCGUCAUCGUCGCCGUCAAGAGCGGGCUCCGGCAGGAGGCGGAGAGAGGCGGCGAGCGGGUCCAGAUCUCCCAAGAGGAAGCGCAACUACUCGCAGCUGGCGACUUUCGGAGACGAGAACGGAGCCCCGUCCCCGUUCCCCAGCGACGGCGGUUCCAAGAACGCUUCCCGAGUGUUGUCGAACUCCAGACUCACUGUGCACAAGGACGGGGCGUACAUGCAGGUGACGUUCGACGACACCCACCGCUUCGCUAUGGAGGAGGAUCCUCACAUUAACCAACCCUUGGGGGACUCGCUGAUGAACGAUCCGUUUCUCGCCACGCCGGAGCCGACGACGGGAAGCAGGAAGGAUAUCGACCAGGCCCUGAGCCUCUUGCAGCUGUCCGGAGGCAGCGGGUCCCAGGACCUUGUGGAGAACGUGGUGCCGGGAUCAUCAUCCGGGGCCGGUGCCUCCUCUCAAGCAGGAGCUGGACCAUCCUUCUCCUCAGCGACUUCACCAAGAAGCGCACGCGGCGGCGGCGGCCGCUGGGGCGCCAAGUCUCCUGCCGGCGUUCAUGGCCACAUGCUGCACCACCCUAGCUGCAGCAGCGGCGGCGGCGGAGGCGGAGGCGGAGGCGGAGGCGGCGCGGGCCCCUUGUCAUCGCCGUUGAUGUCCUCGGCGGUGUCAUCGUCGGUCCUGUCCCCGCCGCCGCCGUCCCCCUUCUCGCGCGCCGCCGCCGCUGCCUCCGCCUCGUACCACAACCCGGCCGCCGCCGCGGCAGCCGCGGCCAUCCGCAUCCUCCCGCCCCCGCCCCCGGAAGUCGGCGGGGGGGGAAACAACAAAAAGAAAGGGGCGGGGGGAGGGGGCCGCGGCGGAGGGGUUUCUCAGGGGGGCGACGGGAAAAGAAGGGGGGGGGGCUCCGCCGCUGCUUCGUCGGGGGGGGGCACGCAGAAGGGGAAGCCCAAGGCGAAGGGGCAGGUGGGGGGCCAGCGGCCGGCGGUCCAGGCCCCCGUGUCGAAGCCGCAGGGGACCAAGGGGGGCGGCCCCGGGUCGUUUUGUAGCAAGAGCGAUCUCAUGGUCUUGGACGCUGAUCUGUGGAUCGUGCGUGAGCGCGGGGAGCACUGCUCUUCGAACGAGUGCAUAUACAAGGACAAAACGACCGGGAUUUCGAGCAGGCGGCAUUACCACGCGACGUGCGACCACCGGCACAAAGGCGGUCCCAAGGGGGGCAUGAUUUUCCACCACCACCAGCUGGAGAAGAUCCAGAAGCACCAGCGGGCGCACAUCCGCACCCUGCACAAGAAGACUCCAGCCGAGGCGGUGCUCAACGAGGGCAACGUGGAGCCGUACCUGCCACAGGAGUGGACGGAGCAGGAGGCCAGCGUUCUGGCCCACCUGGUGGGCAUGUACGGCCCGACCAAUUGGGGGAUCAUCUCGGCCGGGGUGGGUACCAAGACGGAGACCCAGUGCAUGCUCCACUGGAGGUUCGCUCUCAACGGAAAUGCUACCGUCAAGGGCACGGGCACGUGGCAGUCGGUGGAGGACGAGAGGAUGCUGUCCUUGGUGCAGAUCUUCGGUCAGCGUUGGUCGACCGUGGCGGAGCACAUGCCCGGGCGAUUGGCAAAGCAAUGCCGGGAGCGGUAUUUGAACAAUCUCGAUCCGGAGCUGCGCCGCGGUGCUUGGUCGCGAGAGGAGGACGAGAAGCUGCUGCAGCUGCGAGGCCAACAGAACAAGAGCUUCGCCAAGAUCGCCGAGCAGAUAGACGGCCGCAGCUACAACGACGUCAAGAACCGCUGGUCGCAGAUCAGUCGCCAGAUUGCAGCCCUGAAGUCUGACUGCUCACCCCCCUACCCCUACGUCCGAUCACCGGUCAACUCCCGGCCACCAAUCGUUGUGGCCGACGACCUCGAGCAGAAGGCAUCCCAGAGCAACAAUGGCGAACCGAGCCACGCGGCGAGAUUGGCAGCGGGGGGAACUCCGUCUCGAGCAGCGGCCGCGACAGCCGCCGCCGCCGCCUCCGGCGCCGGCGCAAGCGCUGCGACAGGAGCCCCACAAAGCAAUAGCGGCGGUAUCAGUGCCUCUAGGGGUGGUGGACGCCGGGGGACGGGUCAGAGCUCGGGCGCCGCCGCCGUGGCUGUCGCCGCUGGCGGCGGCGGAGGCAGCGGCGGAGGAAGAGAAGGAGACGGCGCGACGGCGGCGGCGUCGUCGACAAGGUACAGGGUAUGCCUGCAGAGGGGAGUUCCAACCCUUCUCGAGGCCACCGAGGACGGGGAGGGGGAGGGCGAGGGGGAGGGCGAGGGGGAGGGGGAGGGCAAUGUGGCGAAGGAGGAGCCGGUCUGCUCUCCGUUCCGGGAAGAGGUCAUGCCGCCACACCAACGCCAGCAGCGAGUAACGGCGACGGCGGCGGCCGAGGGGGGACGAGGUUCCAAUGGAACGCCGCCGCCCCAUGGCGCGUUGAUGGGGAUGGAUGGGGUCGGGGAAGCGGCUGCGGCGGCUGCGGCGGAGGCUGGGGAACUGGGCCCACAAAUGACGGAAGCGGAGGCCGCGUCGAUUGCCGGGGGGGCACUGUUUGGGUACGGCAGCGACAUGAGGGUCUCCAUAUGAUGUUUGUGGCGUUAGUGUCUGGGGUUGUGUGGUUGGAUCAGUGUCGUGCGCUCUGUGUGGUCGCUUUUCGCGAGCUUUGCAUCGUCCAUACCAUAUGAUACAAUGCUGUGACUUGAAGCGGAAUACCUUGUGAGACGGGAGUGUGCCGGAACUGAUGAAGGAGCUUGUUAAGCGCCCCUGAGGUGGGAAAGAGGUGUUUGUUGAUGUCGGGGGAGCGAUGGAUAUCAGCAACGGUUUGCACCGAAGUGGACGACAAAUCUUUUCAUAUAUACCUCAAGUAGCGCACCGUUUUACGGGAUGAAAGUGGUCACGAACAUUGGGCCCUAGAAACGUUCCGACAUGGUUGAUUAACCCUUAGAUGAUUUACCGUGUAGACCUACGGCGUGAUGCCGACAUGAUGAGUGCGUUUGCCGCCCGGGGUAUUCGCGGCUUGGUUGAUCGAAAUAGUAGUUGACGUUGGCCACAGCUUCAAGAGACACAAGAUAAGAUAUCAACCGUCGCGUGCUGCCUCACUGAAGAAAAUAUUGUUGCCUAUCGAAGUGUCCUUCUGAUGGCGCUUCGAAUGUAUUUUGGCGAAUUCUUGGCUGGAACUCAGCCGUGGAAAUGAGCAGGGGGACGUUCCGGGUGUGUUUUAGUUUUUGCUGUCUAGAAAGCCCAGUUUGAGAACCGGAAUUCUCCUCCCGGCAGGAAAUUCGAACGUCCUUCAUAUGUCUUCAAAGUUCCGGGGGAUUGGCGAUGACAGUUAUUCGUAACGUUUCGGAUCCUCUCUCUACAACAGUAUCGAGCUGCAGUCGUUUGCUCGACUUGAACAAUCCUCCUGGGGUUGGUGUUGAGAUCGAGGGGGGCACCGCAGUCGUACCUUUUGUUUUUCUGAGAAGAUACGGGGCCCCGUGUAUCGCUGGACUUUGUCGCUGUUCUUUUUGCGGUUGUUUUUUUCGCUCUCUUUGCCGCCCUUGGCGGGCAGGCAGGGAGACGAGCGAGCAGCCAAGAACGCCCUCUGGUUGUGGAACGCCCUGGCCUUAGGAAACCCUGGCGUAUAUAUUUACUUCUCGGGCGCAUUAGGUAGGUAGGUAGGUGUAGGAGGUAGAAAGGCAGAUCACAGUCUACGCGAGCCGAGAAAGGUGAUGGAUGGGGUACGCGAUGGUUUGCGUUUAGUGCAUGUGGUUGGAGGGACAGCAAGCUCGAUGGAAAGGAGAACAGCCUGGCUCGAAGGUUUGGUGGAAGGCUGGCUGUACGCGUUUCGUCAGGUCUGUGUUGCCGUUGAUCUGGGUUGAGCAGCUAGCACGGCGAUAUGCGUAGGCAAGAGUGGAAAAAAUCUGUCAUUGUUGCGGUUUGGUACAUCCCCCCCCCCCCCCCCCCCCCCCCCCCCCCCCCCCCCCCCCCCCCCCCCCCCCCCCCCCCCCCCCCCCCCCCCCCCCCCNCCCCCCACCAAGGAGGUUCCGUCAUCUCGUAGCUCGUCUGAACGGAGGCAUGUAAAUGUAUGUGGGCCGACUCCAAUGGAGACGGCAUGGGCAACUCCGUCGUGGGUAUAGUUUUUAUGUUGCCCUUCUUGUUUGAGGAGUUCGAUGCCAUGAUUUUCGUACGCCUUGUGUUUGUUGGUUUUCUGUGCUCGGUGGGCAUCAAUUCCGCCCCAAACUUGUCAGCUAGUAUUUGGUUGCGUCAUGGUCCUUGUGUGUUUGGAGGGGCAGCUGGCUGCUCAGAGGGUUGAACCAACUCGAGUGAGAAGCACAGCAUUGUUGCGAGUCCCCGCAGUGUACGAGCCCUGACAAGCCGUCUACUCUCGUUUCGUUUCCUCGAAAGGGGGACCCAAGAUGAAGCAUCGUUCACUUCUCUGUAACGUUAUUAACAGCGGCAGCUUAGAUAUUUCAUUUUGUGCACGUUUUUUUUUUCCAGCACCGUGCAGUUGUCUCUUCUGUGAUGCCGAUACUAUUCUGGGAGCUUUGUGAGUGUUGUUCGUGGGCUUGGUGUUUUUCGUCGUGAAGUCUGCGGCGCCCUCAUGGUGUUCCCUGUAGUGUACCGGUUUUGCAAGUGUAGCUUAUUAUUAUUUUAAUUGCCGGUUUGUCUUUUGAAAAACCCUAGAUUGUUGGGCACGUAAGCGACAUGUUUUAGGGCGCAGCCUCGCUGAGUCAUGAUGCUGCCACCGUUGUUAUAAUGUUCUAAAUACCUCGUGGAUGGUUAUUAACGGGAUGAUAUUGUUAGUUAAGCGAAAAUAUACUAUGUGUCUGUAACAAAUUGUUUUUGGCUCCGCGUGCUGUCUGAUGAA